AUGGUUGAACCCAGGACAUUGGAUAGAGAAGAUCCAGACUUCUUUGGUGCAGGACCUGCACUUUUGCCCACCGAUGUAUUGCAACAAGCUGCGUACGACUUAAUCAGCUACGAAAAUGACAUAGUUGGUGUUGCCGAAAUUUCACACCGCUCAAAGCCAGCAAUUGCGAUAAUUGAUGACACUAAAGACAACUUGAAGAAAUUGCUUGCCAUUCCUGACAACUAUGAAGUGUUUUUUCUUCAAGGUGGAGGUACCACUGGGUUUUCCUCUAUAGCUUACAAUUUGUUUGCCAAUCACGCCAAAAGAACUGGUAAGAAAGGAAGAGCUGCAUAUGCAGUCACUGGUUCUUGGUCAGCAAAAGCUACAGAGGAGGCCAAGCGUUUGGGUUUUGAAGUGGAUAUCGCUGUGAAUACAAAGUCUAUAAAUUAUGGUGACAUACCACCUUACUCAGAGUGGGAACCAAUCAAAGAAAACACUUCCUAUUUAUGGGUUUGCGAUAAUGAGACUGUUCAUGGGAAUGAGUUCAAGGAUACGCCAGGCUCAGAAUAUUUGCCUAAAGGUGUUGAGCUAGUUGCAGACAUGUCGUCAAACAUCUUAUCGAAAAAAGUUGACAUUAGCAAGUAUGGACUCAUUAUGGCAGGCGCGCAGAAAAAUGUGGGUAUUGCUGGCUUGACGAUUUACAUAAUCAGGAAAGAUUUAUUGGAUCAAGCUUCCGAUGAAGAGUUGAGAAAGUUGAAUAUUCCUUUGCUGCCUAUUGCCACGCAUUUCCCGACCGUUGUGAAAAACAACUCGGCUUACAACACAAUUCCUAUCUUUGCGUGUCAAAUCUUGAAAUUAGUCACUGAAAAGCUCCUCAAAGAGGGUGGUCUCGAAGCAAAGGAGAAACUCAACAACAAGAAAGCAGAAUUAUUGUACAAGGUUUUGGAUUCUUAUCCGGGUUUUUACAACUUACCAGUGAAGAACCCCGAAGUUAGAUCCAACAUGAAUGUAGUGUUCAAGUUACCAAGUGAAGAGUUGACUGCUAAAUUCAUUGCUGAAGCUGACGCUGCCAAAUUGAAAGGUUUAAAAGGCCACAGAUCAGUUGGCGGUAUCAGAGCCUCUAUUUACAAUGCAGUUCCAACUUCGAGUGUAGAAAAAUUGGCAAAAUUUGUGGAUGAGUUCGCCAAGGCUAAUAGUUAA